UCUAACCAAACGCGAUAAAAUAUCAUUUUACAUAUUGGAUUUGUAUGGGGCCUAGUUGAGGCACCCCGCGCGCGGCCCUGGUCCUGUCAGCCGCGGCCCUGCCCCGUCUCCUCUCGCAGAUUUGAUUUGUUUAUGCCUGUUUCAAAGAGUUUUCUGUGCGCGAGGGGAGGAGCCGGGAGCCUGUCAACCGGACCACAAUCGCCUCUCCAACAUUCCCAGCCUGCUCCCGCUGCACGGAGCUUCUCACCUUACACAAGUCCGGGGGGAGAUUUUUGGGAAGGUAUCGUCUCAUGGCGCCCGCGCUCACCUGUGGACUCUGGCUGCUCGGCCUCCUCCUGGGUGCCGGACCAGUUCGUUCCUUCAACCUGGACACGGACAACGUCCAGCGGAAGAACGGAGACCGGGACAGUCUGUUCGGCUUCUCCCUCGCCAUGCACCGGCAGCUUCAACCGCAGGACAAACGCUUGCUGCUGGUGGGAGCCCCGAGAGCAGUGGCCUUGCCCGGGCAGCGUUCUCAAGUGACUGGAGGAGUGUACAACUGCGAUAUGGCCUCCAGCUCGACGUCGUGUACCAGGAUCAUUUUUGACGACGACGAGGACCUGAAAACUGAAAGCAAGGAGAACCAAUGGAUGGGGGUGACCGUCAAGAGUCAGGGCCCGGGCGGAAAGAUUUUGACUUGUGCUCAUCGAUACCAGCGCAGAGCCAAUGUGGGUAAUAAGAAGGAAGAAGCGAGGCACAUCAUUGGUCGCUGCUAUGUGCUGAGUCAGAACUUCCAAAUCCGAUCUUCGGAAGAUGACGAAGGAGGUCGCUGGCAAUUCUGUGACGGUCGGAACUAUGGACAUAUGUUGUUCGGCUCCUGCCAGCAGGGCUUGUCCGCCACCUUUGACAAAGACUACCACUACUUGAUUUUUGGGGCACCGGGAGCAUACAACUGGAAAGGCAUCGUUCGCGCGGAGCAAAACAACAACACCCUGUUAUUCAUGGGCAUUUAUGACGACGGUCCGUUUGAAACGGGAGAUGAGCUGCAGAAGGAGCCCCACCUGGUGCCUGCUCCUGACAGCAGCUAUCUGGGCUUCUCUCUGGACACCGGGAUGAGUCUGACCAAGAGGAAACAUCUGACUGUGGUGGCCGGAGCUCCUAGAGCUUAUCACAGUGGAGCAGUGGUGCUGCUGACGAAAGGCGCGCAGACCAGCAAAAUCUUGUUAGAGGAGUACACGUUGAAGGGGCCGGGGCUUGCGUCCUCUUUCGGAUAUGAUCUGACGGUGUUAGAUUUAAACAACGAUGGAUGGGAUGACUUGGUGGUCGGGGCGCCUCAGUACUAUGAGAAGGACUCUGAGAUCGGAGGAGCCAUCUUCAUCUACAUCAACAACGGCGGGGAUUGGAACAGUCCGACGCCCACCAAACUAAACGGGCCGCAAAAUUCCAUGUUUGGCUUGUCUGUGGAAACUCUUGGAGAUAUUAACCAAGAUGGUUUCGAUGACUUUGCAGUGGGAGCCCCGUAUGCAGACGACGGUGCCGGGAAAGUGUUUGUCUAUCACGGGUCGACUGAGGCGCCAGAAGAAGCUGCUCAGGAGAUAUCUGGGAAGCCUUUAAAUGUGAAGCAGUUUGGUUACUCACUUGCUGGCAACAUGGAUCUGGAUGAGAAUUCCUUGCCUGACAUGGCUGUCGGCUCGCUCUCUGACGCCAUCUUUGUUUUCAAAUCCCGACCCGUCAUCAACAUCAAGAAGCAGAUCCGCUUCUCGCCCCAGGAAAUCGACCUGACGAAUAAGAACUGCGGCGAAAACUUCUGCUUAACUAUCGAGGCUUGUUUUAGCUACACUGCUAACCCUGCGAACUACUCGCCCAGACUCAAGGUUGAAUACAACCUGGAGGCCGACGCUGUCCUCAGAGAGAAGGGUCUGCUGAGUAGAGCGUACUUCAUCGCAGACGGCAAAAAGAGCCACUCGUCUGUCGGGACAGUUACUAUUGAAGGGAAAGGGAAUGACCAGUGCAUCACACAAGUGCUUACAAUGAAGGAUGAUAUCCGAGACAAGCUGCACGGGCUCCCCAUCGACGUGAGCGUGAACAUCCAGGGUGCUGACCGAAAGCGUAGACAGGCUUCCGGACUCACGCCGGUCCUCGACAAAAAAGCGCCAGCGACGACGAGAUCCGAGGUGCAAUUCCGAAAGGAAGGAUGUGGCAGCAACAAUAUUUGUGAGAGCGACUUGCAAGUGAAAUAUCGCUUUGGCAACAAGCCCACGGACAACGACCCCUUCACUCCUUUGGAACUGCAAAACGGCGUUCCGGUGCUCACGCUCAGCGACCAAAAGAUCAUCGCCCUGGAGGUCACAGUGACCAAUAAGAAUGCAGAUGAUGCGCACGAGGCGUCAUUGAUCUUUUCCCUCCCUCGCUACCUUCCUUACGGCGGUUACAACAGUCCACUCAGCGAAAAGCAAGUAUCUUGCAAGCCAAAUAGAAACGGCUCCAAGGUUGACUGUGAACUCGGGAACCCCUUCAAGAGAGACGCAGAGACUACAUUCUACAUCACUAUGGGAGCUGCAGGCAUUACUCUCAACAACUCCGAAAUUGAGGUCGACCUUCUGCUAGAAACGACCAGCAAGCAGACCAUUUCGCCCCUGAAAGCCAAGGCUAAGGUGGCUAUCGUGCUGCAGCUGUCUGUCACUGGACAAGCGCAGCCGUCUCAGGUCUACUUCUCACAAAAUACUAAGGGUGAGAGCGCCAUGAAGUCAGAAGGAGACAUCGAGAGUCUCAUCAUGCACCAGUUCAGAAUCAUUAACUUGGGCAAGCCGCUGGCACAGUUCGGCACCGCCACCCUCACCAUCGAUUGGCCUAAGGAGAUAGACAACAAAAAAUGGCUGCUGUACCUGACCAAGAUCAGCCACUCCGGCGUGAAGAACGUCGAGUGCACGCCCAAGGAGGAGAUUAACCCUCUCAAAAAGCUGCCAAGUAGGUCAAGAAGAGCCGCAGACAAGGACAAUGAAAGCACACUUUCACGUUUGGUGGACUCAAGGAAGUCCAAAACCCUGACGUGUGGCGAUGGAGCCAAGUGUGUGACGAUGAAGUGCCCCCUCCUGGACAUGGACAGUAAUGCAAUCAUCACUCUUCACUCCCGCCUGUGGGACCCCACUUUGGCACAGCACUUCUCGUCGUAUCACUACGUGGAGGUGAAAGUGAAGGCCUUCCUGGAAGUGGCUAGCACAGCAAAGAACACUGUGCUAAAAAACUCUGAGACAGAGGUGAGACUGACCUUGUUCCCCGAGCGACAUGAGGCUCAGUCUGGUGGUGUUCCGUGGUGGAUCAUCGUGCUGACUAUUCUGCUGCUUCUGCUGCUGCUGGCCCUGCUGGCCUUCCUCCUCUGGAAGUGUGGCUCAGUCAAACGUGCCAAGUAUGAAGACAAGGUUCCCAGUUACAGUGCUGUUCGGAUCAAACGGGACGAGAGAGUUGUAAGGCCCGGCAAUGUUGACUGGGAAAACAUGGACAUGAAUCCCUGGAAGAGAACUUGGCACAGCGAUGGACAUUAUUCUUAACAGCUCUCUCUGUUGUUACUUCACUGUUUUUUGGUGUUUGUAAAUAUCUACCACUGCAUUCUGCUUCAGGGGAAACUUCCACUUUUAACUUUUGGAUUGAUUUAUUCAGUCACCAAGGGAUUUUGAAAAGAUUUUUCUAUGCUUUUAAAGAGAUUUUCAUAUUUAUAUUUGUAAGGAACGCUGUGUGACGUGCUCUCCAGGCCAAAGAGACAUGCGACAUCAACACUGGGACAUUCUUUUUAAAAAGUUUUUUUUUGCACUUAACAUUCCAUCAUGCGACAUUUGAAUGAAGCGGAGCAUUUAAUAAAUACACAGCUGGAAACGUAUUGGUUGCACUUUGUGUUGAAAACAAGAAGCAUUCUGCUUAAAAAUAUUUAUUGACGUUUAAAAAAAGUAUUUACAGGAAAUCCCAGUGCAUAAUCACAUAUUAAAAACAAUAAAUUAAGAUUCAUAUGGCAUACAGUUGCUGGAGUUGAGAAUUCGAGUUUGCAAAGCGAAGAAGAUGGUCUUUCACGUCACUUCGUCCAUUACGCCCUCUACAGGAGAGACUCUGUCCUUGCAGUUCUGACACUGCUCCUGGUCCCAGUCUCCAAAUUCUCAGCUGUCCUCUUCAACUUUUCCUUUCUUUCAUCCUCCUUCUCCAGGAUCAACUUCUUUUCCUUCUGUCUUUUCUCCUUCGCCCUCUUAUCCUCACCUUUCCUCAGCUCCUUCAGCUUCUUCUUCAGUGCAGAUCGGUCGAGUUGGCUGCUCACCCCAAGAGCCUGUGCACGCAAACACACAUCUGAUGCUUGUGUACAGUUUCAGAUUUCAUUUUGGUGUGAAAUAUUAACAUAUUAAUUCUAUUUUUUGAUUGACUCCCACCCUCCAUAUACUUUCUG